AUGUCUUGUUUAAAUUUCUUGCUACAAAGUGAAAAGUCUUGUAGAGAAGGGAUGCUUCGUCGUAGUUAUUGUACAUAUCUACAACGCAGUUGUUACGAUUUUAGUCCAAAGUCUACAAUUAUCUUUGGCACCUCUUUUCCGAGACUUACCAUUUCACGAGAUAAUAAAAUUCCUUUGUCGAUAUACAGUGCUCGUUAUUUUCACGCGACCAGUUUCAAUCAUGCAGUAAUUCCAUUUUUACUUGCCGAUGUUGGCGAGGGGAUAACAGAAUGCGAAGUAAUUCAAUGGUUCGUUAAACCUGGCGAUCAAAUAAACGAAUUCGAUAAGCUAUGUGAAGUUCAAUCAGACAAAGCAUCUGUUGAAAUAUCAUCACGCUAUACUGGUACUGUUGUCAAAAUGCAUUAUACUAUCGGAGAAAUGGCUAAAGUGGGAAAGCCGAUAGUUGACAUUGAAUCACCAGAUACAGCUUCCGAAUCUUCCUCAAGUGAAGAGAGAACUCAAACACCGUCGUCGUCAUCACCGGAGUCACUAAAUCCUUCUAAAGAUAUUUCUUUUAUAUCUCAGAAUCAUGAAGUAACGCUGGCUACUCCAGCAGUCCGAAGACUCGCGAGAGAGAAUGCGAUUGAUAUCUCUAAAAUUCAAGGGACUGGUAAAUCCGGUCGCGUAUCUAAAGAAGAUGUGCUGAAUUAUGUGACCAAGGGAAAUCCACCAUUUGUAUCUAACACCACCACAACGGCGGCUAAAGAUGAAAUUGUUAAAUUAUCAAGUUUACAAAAAUCAAUGUUUAAAACUAUGACACGAUCACUGCAAAUUCCCCAUUUUGGUUAUUCUGACGAGUACUGCAUGGACAACAUUAUAGAAUUCAGAAACAUUAUAAAUGAGAAAUUUUUAAAAAACAAUCGUGAUGAAUUCCCCUUUAAAAAAAUUUCCUUUAUGCCAUUCCUUAUUAAAACAUUUUCAGCGGCAUUAUUGGAUUUCCCGAUCUUAAACGCGACGCUGGUCGAUGCAGAAGACGUGAACACGGCGAAAUUGCGCUACCGUAGUCGACAUAAUAUCGGGAUUGCAAUGGACACACCCAGCGGUUUACUAGUACCAAACAUCAAAGACGUGCAACAAAAAUCGAUCCUUGAUAUUGCUCGGGAAUUAUAUCGAUUACAUGAAGCCGGAAAACGGAAUGCGAUUACGUCAGCCGAUUUGAAAGACGGAACAAUUACACUCUCCAAUAUUGGGAUUGUUGGUGGCGAGUAUCUGAGUCCAGUGGUUGUGUGGUCUGAAUUGUGUCUUGGUGCUAUCGGAAAAAUUCACCGAUUGCCGCGAUUUGAAGUGGUCAAAGAUGAGAGAAGUGGGCGGAUAAGGGAAAAAGUUGUCGCAAAGAAUUUGGUAAAAAUUAGUUUUUGCGCUGAUCAUCGUGUGAUCGACGGUGCUACCGUGGCAAGAUUCUCGGAAUCUUGGAGAAAUUUAAUAGAGAAUCCAGUCUUUUUAUCUUCUAGAAUGAAAUAG